AUGCAACUUUCGACAGCACUGGCAAAGGCAAGACUAUCGUUGCGCCUGAGAUGGAGGCCGAGGGAAGAGAAUGUGGAAGCUGACGAUUUAACCAAUGAGCGUUUCUCUGGUUUUGACUUGGAGAAGCGCAUUGCUAUUUCCUGGCAAGAUUUGGAUUUGGACAUUUUGCAAUCAUUGGUUCAGACACGGGACGAGUUUGAACAGAAGAAGGGCCUUCUCAAUGUCAAACAUCUGGAGGCACCAAUGACAAAGCUGGAGUGGCGUGAAAUAGCACCACCUUGCGAGAAAAACUGCUUCUUCGAUGAUUACGUCGUGUUUUGCAAUGAGCACCAUGUCAGUAGUACUGAGUCUUUGGUGGAGCUUCUACUUCAAGUGUUGGAAGGAAGUUUGCUGUCGAGGGUUGGGCCGUUUGUGCAUGAGAGCAGUGACCAGCAUGCUUUCCCCUUCACUGGAAAGAAGUUGGAGGGUCAAACCAUUGAUGCCUGCGAAGGUUUCAAUUUUCUUGGAGAAUGCCGAGCCGAGAUCUUUGACACUUUCUUCAGACAGCCCUCAAAGAGAUUCUUGGAAGUGCGGCUUCGGGGAGUGCUGGUGGACCCCUUUGGGAGGAGAUUGUCCUUUUUCUCAGUUGAGCCAAUGUCUGCGAACGUCACCCCAUGGGAGACGCGUGUGCCUACGCCGUCGAAUGUUGCAGACGAGCCCUUAGGGCAAGUCUCCGUCCUCCGCUUGCAAUUGCGCCCAAUCAAAGCUCAGCUCCGAGUGCAGCUCACCAUCCAAAUGCGCGCGACACGCGUGAAUCGUCGACCUAUCCGGACUCAUGAAAAAGAAGUAUGGCGGCGUGGUCAACAGGACAUUUUGCGAGUUUGCCAUGCAGACACGGCAUUCGAUGACCGAGGUCUGGGCAGCCAAAAUUUGUUGCAGGUGCAACGGUUGCAACGUGGUAACAGCAACAACAAGGGCAUUGACACGCUGCCCAUUGGUCGCCCUGGUGGUGCACAGGUUAUCCCAGCCGUUACACCUCUUGGAUGGCAGAAGCAGGCCAUCAUUACGGAGACACUGGAGAAGGAGAAGGAACGGCAAAAGAAAAACUUUCCAACAAUCUUCAAGAAAGAUGAACAACCAGAGGAGGUGUGGCCUAGUUCCGGCAUGCCAAAGCCUGCUGCCACGAUGCCAAAAGCGAAGACUCCAGUGGUUGUGCCCGCGCGGAUACCAAUGUGCAAGAGCUUUCCAGCUAAGGCAACACCGCCGUGGCAAGAACAGAGGUCUACGGCAGACCCACCUGCACUGGGGGCUAAGAUUGUCCCCAAACCGUCCAGUGUAGCCGUGACGGUUCCUACUCGAGCUUCUACGGAGGACAUUGACAAGUGGGAUGACUUGGAGGAGGAGUCUGUGGAAGCCGGAGGGAGCUUGUCAUCGCUUGCGGCAGCUACAGUUGCUGUAGUUGAGGCAGAAACGAAUGUCUCAGCUUUGACCCAUGAAGCGGAGCCGAAGCUUCCUUCGGUUGCAGUCAGUCAGGCGAAGCGUCAGAGCCCGCAAGUGCCACAACCCAAGGUAGUUGAGGCAGAAACGAAUGUCUCGGCUUUGAUCCAGGAAGCAGAACCGAAGCUUCCUUCGGUUGCAGUCAGUCAGGCGAAGCGUCAGAGCCCGCAAGUGCCACAACCCAAGGCCGAAAGAGAAACUCCUGCAGAGGCGAAGCGUCAGAGCCCGCAAGUGCCACAACCCAAGGUAGUUGAGGCAGAAACGAAUGUCUCGGCUUUGAUCCAGGAAGCAGAACCGAAGCUUCCUUCGGUUGCAGUCAGUCAGGCGAAGCGUCAGAGCCCGCAAGUGCCACAACCCAAGGCCGAAAGAGAAACUCCUGCAGAGGUGGAGACAAAAAUGCCAGAUGUGGUUGUAGCUGAGGCAGAAACGAAUGUCUCGGCUUUGAUCCAGGAAGCAGAACCGAAGCCUCCUUCGAUUGCAGUCAAUCAGGCGAAGCGUCAGGGGCCACGGUUGCCACAACCCAAGGCCGAAAGAGAAACUCCUGCAGAGGUGGAGACAAAAAUGCCAGAUGUGGUUGUAGUUGAGGCAGAAACGAAUGUCUCGGCUUUGAUCCAGGAAGCAGAACCGAAGCUUCCUUCGGUUGCAGUCAAUCAGGGAAAGCGCCAGAGCCCGCGAUUGCCACAACCCAAGGUGGAGACAAAAACGCCAGAUGUGGUUGCAAGUGAGCGGCAAGACAAAGCCAAGGCUUGUGGUGAGGCCAGGAAGCCUGGUUUUGACUGGAUUCGGCUGGCCAAAAUCGACUCAAUUCUGCUGGGUUGUGAGAGCAACUUCUUCGUAAAUCGUCAAGGUGAUGGUAGCCGAAUCCCAGGCCAAGAGCCUGAGCCGUGUGAAAGCAGUGGCUCAGAGGAUGAGGAGGAUGACAUGGACGAAAGCGAAGAGUCGGAGCAGGAGUCAGACGCAGCGGCUGACCCUGCCAAGAUUCUGAACGCAGGACCAGCUGAUGAUGAAUUUGAAGAAGAAGAGGAGGAGGAGGAGGAGGACGACGAGGUGGAGGAGCUGGAUCAAGAUGCAGCGGAGGAAAUCCAGCAAGAGGCAGCAAGCACAUUUGCAGUGGCCACCACCAGGCCUAAGGCGAAGGCAGCUCCUCCAGAGCUGGUGCAGCAGAUGAGCGCGGCCAAGGCGACGCGGCCGAAGCCUGCACCUGCCGUGCCGCCUCCACUUCACUCGCGACCAGCCAGAGAGGGGAAGGCACAGGCAGCUGAUCCAACGGAGGAGGAAGAGGGAAAGGGUGAGGAACAUGCCCCAGAAGAGGAUGAAGAUUUCAAUGAUGAGGAGAUGAGGGCAGCCUUUGCUGCCAAACUUCAGGAGCCUGGUCAAGAGGGAACUGGAGAAGGUAGUGCGACGGAGCAGGAUGGGUGCCCAGCAAACAUUGCAACGAGGGCUAAGGCUAAGCCCAAGCCAAAAGCUUGGGGAGCUCCACCACCCUUGUCAGGGAAGAAAAAAGAUGCUGAUCGUGGUGCAGAUGCAGAAAUGGAUGAUUCUACAAAGCCCGAGGAGAUCCCAGAAAAUGAUCAGCCACCUCCUCCGUUCUUUGAUCAAUGGCUUGCGAGUCUGAAAUUCAUAGCUGGAUGGAACGAUCAAAAGAAAUACGAAGCCGAUCAGGUGAAGGAAGCCUUCAGCCAAUAUCUUGCCGCCGAGGACAUUGUCAGCAAAGACACGGUCGAGCAGCUUUGCAGAACCAUUGUUCCGUUGUUGCUUGACCUCGAAAGGGUGGAUUCCAUGGUGGUUGCGAAUCUUCGGAAGGAGGUUCUAAGGACACUGAAGAUUGUGCAGGUCUGCAUUUUGCGCAUUGUCACCUUCGAGCUGCUGAGAGAGCAUUCAGCCAAGGCUGCGAAGAAGGGCAGGGGCAAGAAGCAGGCAGAAAUUCCGCCAGAAGGAGCCACUUAUUUGGCCAGUGAUAUAACAUCUCUGGCCAAGGUGAUUCAGCACUUCCGGUUCGACCAGACCUUCACCAAGGGUGUGCAUCAGCUGAUCGUGUCCUUCAGAAGACAAAAGCCAGAGAAGCCCGAGAAGCUGAAGCCGAAAGGCCCUGCGUCGCGGAAGCGGCAGGGUCAGGGUGCGGCUGAAAGCGACGAUCAGAUGGAAACUGGCGAUGAUCCUUCUCGGAGAAGUGGAGGUGAAGAAGUCCCACCAGAGGCAGAAGCUGACGCAGACGCAGAAGCUGCACAGGCCACUGAGGCAGAUGGUGAGGAGCAGCCAAUGCAGGAUGAGACAGACGAGGUUGACGACAGGCCAAAGAAGAAGCCGCGCAUAGUCUCGUAGGAUUUCGUUUGAGAUGCUACCUGGACAUCCUCCAGAGCUACGUCCCCUCUUGUCGGCGGCGCGGGCAUCGCAGACGACCGGAGAAAGAGAUCCGUAUCCAUGUUGCGCAGAUGCGGAAGGGAAACUCAAAUGCCUCGC